AGGAGGAGGGAAAAAUAAAUAAAAGUAAAAAUUAUCACCAAACCAUAGCUGCACUUCACUGCAGCGGUUCUGCAAUUUUUUAUUUGUUCAUCAUUUUUAAGUAUUUCACGAUCGUUUGUUGGUUAUUUUUUUCCUGAAUUAUUUCGUUUAAUUGUCGGCCGAUUAUUAAAAAAAAAAAAAAAGACAAAAAAUGAGAUCUGGAAAGAGCAAUCGGGAAGAAGAAGAAGAGGAGGAAGAUGACGAAGAUUCUGGUACCCAGAAAGAUGCGAAUCCAUCAAAUAAUAGCACCAGAGAUGGUAAGAACAGCGACAAAGCUAAUGCCAUGAGAUCAAAACACUCGGUCACUGAGCAACGCCGCCGGAGCAAGAUCAACGAGAGAUUUCAAGUAUUAAGAAAACUAAUACCACACAGUGAUCAAAAGCGAGACACUGCAUCGUUUUUAUUAGAGGUUAUUCAGUACGUACAGUUUCUACAGCAAAAUGUACAAAACUGAGGAAUCUUAUCGACCCAGCAGUUCAGAGCCCACAAAGCUGAUGCCCUGGAGAAACAGCCAUUUGCGUGCCGACCCUAGUUCGACGUUGCAUGGUAAGUUUGACCGUGGUCAACACAUUCCGAUUGAAUCAAUAGAUACACCUUCAGAUGCACAGCCUAGUAAUGGCCUGAACAAUCAAGAAGAUUUAAUUAUUGAAGGAGGGACAAUCGGCAUUUCUGGUGUUUAUUCCCAACGGUUAUUGAAUUCUUUUACGCAAGCGCUUGAAAGCACGGGUGUGGAUCUUUCACAAGCCACCAUUUCGGUUCAGAUCAAUCUCGGAAAACGGGCAAAUAAGGAUCAAUCAACCAGUGAAGACUUGGAUCAAUCUCAGAAAAGAUUCAAGACUUGAGAAAAGAAAAUAAAAAUGCUAGGGUGGUUUCAAAAGGUUCAUAUUCGAUCUUCGAUUUUUGUAUCAUCGGGCUUGUUUUUUUAAGCUAAAUAGUUGCUUGUAUAUUAUAUAUAUAUUGAGGAUUCGUUUUUUCAUUUUUUUUUAUGUGUUUUGGGUCCCGAUAAAAUUAUGUUCAUACACGAUCGGUCGUCCCUUUUUGUUAUCGGCUUGCUGGGUGUAAUUUUUAGCAUUAGAGUGAUCCAUGUAUUUAUUAAAGGCUGAUGAAGAUAACUUCAUGAUUGAAAUAUUUAUUUCCAUGCCAUUAUUUUUUAUUUCUGAAUGCAAUUUUUUUUUUUUCA